AUGAAAAAGUAUCGUUUUCUCGUUAUAGUUUUACACCGGACUACUGGAAUUGUUACUCAGCAACCUGCUAAAAAAGUUUUGUUUGUUAUUGCUGAUGGUAUUCCUGCAGAUGUCAUAGAACAGACGGCGAUUCCCAAUAUUAAAAAGAUUCAAGAAUAUGGACAGUAUACUAGAGCCUAUGUUGGAGGUGACAAUGGAACUUAUACCGAAACGUUCACGAUUUCGGCACCUUGUUAUAUGAGUCUGCUGACGGGUACCUGGUAUAAUAAACAUAAUGUAUCUGAUAAUAGCAUCAGAUAUCCUAAUUACUAUUAUAAAAAUAUUUUUCGACUACUUAAAGAAGAACAAUCUGAUAAAAUGAUUGCCAUUUUUUCAACUUGGAUUGAUAACCGUGUCAAACUCAUUGGCGAAGGAUUGCUGGAGGCAGGUAGUGUUCAGUUUGACUUUAAAUUUGAUGGAUAUGAGUUAGAUCAAGUUGCUUACCCACACGAUACCGAACAACUCUAUAUCCACAAUAUUGAUAAACGUGUGAUCGAUGAAGCGUCAAGAUGCGUCAAAACCAAUGCACCUGAUCUUUCAUGGGUCUAUUUACAAUAUACAGAUGAUGUAGGACAUCUCUUUGGCGAUAGUGAACAACAAAGACAAGCAGUCACUUAUCUUGAUGAUCAAAUGGGACAAAUUUGGGAAGCCAUAGUUUAUCGAAUGACGCAUUAUGAAGAAGAUUGGCUAAUCAUCAUUACAACAGAUCAUGGUAGGGAUCCUAUAGAAGGCAAAGACCAUGGCGGUCAGUCUGUCAGAGAACGAACAACUUGGAUAGUGACCAAUACUCCAAAUACAAAUGUUUAUUUUCACCAUUAUCAACCAGCCAUAGUAGAUAUAUUGCCCACUAUUGCAAGAUUUAUGAAUUUCACCAUACCAGUUGAAUCUGCAAAAGAACUCGAUGGGGUACCACUGAUAGGACAAAUAUCCUUAAUUAAACCUCAAGCGAAUUUGAAUGGUGAUAUUUUAAAUAUUACCUGGAAAGUUUUAGACUAUGCCGGAAAUGUUAAAAUAUGGCUUUCAACGACAAAUUUAUUUAAAAAUGGUAUGACAGAUGAUUAUCAGUUGGUCGGGACAAUACCGAUAAAGAAAGAAAUGGCACUCAUAAAUAUUAAAGUUUAUCCAUCAAAAUUCUAUAAAAUAGUGUUAGAAGGGGAGCAUAAUAUGGUGAAUACAUGGGUGUUUAAAUAA